AUGCUCCUCCCGCUGCUCGCGCGCCUAACCGCCCCUCCCACACAGACGCUGCACAUCCUCGCUCCCACGCCGUCAACCGUCUCCUUCACCGCGUCCACGCGCCCGCGCCCCACGACGCUCGCCGCGAAGCUGAGACACCAUGUUUGGCUCUUGACGCGCAUUCUCGUCGGCGCGCUCACCCUCGCGCUGCUGUGGAUAAAAUGCCGUCUCGGCCACACAUGUUCGCCCCCCGAGGCCCUGCUGCGCGUGCUCGGCGACCCGCAGACAGCCCGCCUGCUAAGCGCCGUGGGUGCAGUGGGCUGGCCGUACUUUGCCCCCGCAGCGGCCGUGGUGGGGUUCCUCGUGCUAAGGCGCGCAUACACAGAAGAGUCGCUGAUGCUGCUUCGCGGUCUCGGCGUGCAGACGUCGUCAUCCGCUGCGACGGUGCUGCAGAGUCCCUCGAGGCGGUUUAUUCCCACGAGCGCUAUCCAGGAUAUCGUCAUCCACGAGGCGUUUCGCGGCUUUGAGGUAAGGUUUUACCUGGCGAUUGUGGUGCGCGGGGAGGAGGAUGUUGUCGUUGUUUUCCCAGGGCUGUUGCCGCGGCGGGCGAUGCUGGAGGAAGUUUGGAGGGGUGCGAGGGCAUGUCUGUGGGAGCAUGGGGUGCGAGAGAAGGAGGCGGGGUAG